UCGAACCCGGGCCGCUGCAGCAAUUCCGUAUAUGGGACGCCAGCUGCAAUGAAACUAUUGAUUAGAGCAGCUUUAAAGAUGCAUAAAGGUGGUAUGAAAAUAACAUAAAAGUCACGUUAAAAUAUCACACCUCUAAAUUCUGUUUUCACGCAGCACUUAUGCCACUUCGGGCCCUCCGCUUCAGUGUAUGACCUGGAUCAUUUUGAACCAGGAGAAACUCUGGUUCAAGAUAUACUUUCCGACCUGCCCACCUCAAUGCAUACAUUCUCCUGAAUGUUGCUGUAAAUGCUGAAUUUGAAUAGUGAUCACAGAGUGGAGAGAGCUGCACUUCACAUCAGAGAGGGCCACCGUAGAAAGCUCUGCAGUGAAGUGAAGUCCUAAAUAGAGUGAUGACCCACUGUAGUGACAAUGAUGAGCAGAGCGAUGAUGGAGCAGAGAACCCCAACAAGAACCAGAAGAAGAGGAGUAAAGGAGGAAAGCAUGUGUCUUUUCCCCCCGAUGAACAGAUAGUAUCGGGCUUCGCUGAGCACAGGAACACUGACAGGAAGGUUGACAGCUGCCUCACCUUGACAGAGGUAAUGGUGGCCUACCAGCAGAGCUGCAGCAGACACCAGGUCCAACCCAGAGCGCACAUCCUGCAACAGCUCCAGCAGGGUGCGUGUGUAGGUGGCAGUGUGAAAUGUCUGGAUCUCAAAGGUGAGCGAUUAGACCACCGCUCCUGUGAAGCUCUGGAAGUCGUCCUGAAAUCGCUGCACUUUGAUUUCAUCAAUCUGCAGGCAGCCCAACUGGAAGAAAAUGGAGCAUCGUCCUUGCUGGAUAUGAUUUUGUACUAUGAAUCUACAACCCAUCUUGACAUUUCUGACAACAGUAGCAUGGGAACAUCGUGUUGGAGGGCCCUCGCUCAUUUGAUAAAGCAGAGUGUGCGUCUGUCCAGACUAGAUGUGUGUAAUAUCCCCGUGGUUGACUACCCAGCCCAGUCUCUAUCUAAAGCUCUGCUGACCAGCCAGCUCAGAGUGCUGCACCUUCACAAUGCCCAGCUCAGCGGCAUGCCACUAUACACCCUGGUUGGUGCACUGAAGUCAAAUAAGACUUUGCAGGAGCUCCACCUUACCAACAACCUGCUGAACAGCUACCAGGAUGCCCUGCAGCUGGGAGACCUGCUACGCUACAACUCCACUUUACUGACACUGGAGCUUAGCAACAAUUCUGUAGCAGAUGCUGGUUUGGAGGAGUUGUGUGAUGGUCUGAGGUGGCAGACGAGAGGUCUCAAGGUCUUAAUGCUGAAGAACAACCAGAUCACUGCAAAUGGCAUGGUCCAUCUGGCCAAGGCUCUGCCAGCGCUAAAGGUCUUGCAGGUCCUGGAUUUGGGUGAGAACCUCCUGGGGAACGAGGGGAUCCAGGUCAUCAGGGAGCCUCUGAUGAUGAACUGCUCAGUGCUGCAGCUCAGCCUGGCCCAAGCCAGCAUCACCUGUGAAGGUGCUGUGGCACUGGCAGAAUUCCUCGCAGAGAGUCGGCAGAUUCAGCGGCUGGACCUCCGUCAGAAUGAGGUGAAGGUUGGAGGUCUGAUGGCCCUGUGUCUGGCCCUGAGGAUCAACCGCUCUCUCGCAAGCCUGGAUUUGGACUACGUACCCCCAUCGGAGCAGGAUGAGCUUCUGAUGGAGACUCAGACAAGACUGCAGGCAGAGAUCAUCCAGCGCAAUGCCAGCCACCCCCCACUCGCCACGGACACAUCAGAGAUGUUACCCACCGAGGCCGACGGACAAGCUGACAGCACGACUACAGCCUGAGACUGCGCGCACGUGGAGCACACAGAGGAGGAGAAAUAGCUAACCUUGUACAGAUCACCUCAGAAAGCACUCAUGGAUUCAGUCACACAGACACCCAGUGUGUCCCAGUGUCCCAAACCCAAACAGCUGACUAGCAGAUAUAUGCGAAUAAUAAUUCUAUCGCAAAUAAUGAUAACCAUAAAACUCCAAAUCUGGGUAAUAAAGGCGGAGUAGAGCUCCCUAAUGAAACGCCGGCCUCCCCGCUGCUUCCUGCCUAAUGUUCCCGCCGAGCCGCUCGCCACUUUCCAUAAAGCAAUUUUGCAAGCCCACUUCAAACGUGAAUCACCUAGAAAUGAAGAGAACUGCCCUCCCCCCCUUUGCCCCCACACCCGUCUGAACUCCCCCACCAUCACCCCCUCCCCUUCACUACAAUACUCACACUAGAGCUCUAAGUGUGUUUGUGUGUGUGUGUGUGUGUGUGUGUGUGUGUGUGCGUCUGCGUUGCAAAUCCCUGUUUGCUUGUGUUCCAUCAUCACUUAAUGUUCACAGUGAUGCAUUGCGGGACUCUCCUCAGAGGUGUAUGUGUGUGUGUGUGUGUGUGUGUGUAUAGGGAUGUAGUGUCAUUACUCUGACAUUGGUAGCAGCCAUGGUCUGAGCCAAGUUCUAUCUGCAUUAAUCAGCUGAGAAGCGCAGGCAGGCAGACGUUCAACAGCAAUACAAUGUGAAACAGCUACAGAAGUCUGCAUGGUUUUACCAAGUGCACAAAGGAUGAUUUCUGUUUUUACAUAUUUUCAGUCAUUGAGUGCUUUUUCAGGAUUCCUACUCUUUUUAAGAAAUUAUUUUCCAGGAGUUUUUCCAGGAGUUUUCUUCAUAGUUGACAGCAGUUGCGUCAUAUAAUUUACCAGAGGUCUCUGUCAGUGGUCAGCGUUGAUGGGACUGUCUGCGUUAGCUCGCUUUUUGUGGCACCCUGUCACAGCAUUUUACUGACAUUGUAGUCUGAACUGGCAUUAAAGAUAAUUAAAGAUGUAUGAGCUGCCUACUUUUCUGAUUGUUAGCAAUACACAUAACCCAAGGUUUUUGUUUACUACUAUUAACCAGCUUGUAACUCCAUCUCCUCCUGCUAUUCAUGCCUCCUCUCCUGCUGACUGUGAAAAAUUCCUGUCUUUUUUCAUUGGCAAGAUCGAUGGUCUAAGGUCUCAUUUUCCCCUCACUGUUCUUCCCCCUGAAACAUUCAGUCGUCCUAUUUUAAUGUUUACUGGUUACUAUUUUUCUCCUAUUUGCCAGUGUUCAGCCACUUCCUAAAAAACCCUCUCUCAAUCCAGACCAGUUUGAAAGCUAUAGAGCAAUCUUCAAACUUCCCUUUUUAUUUAAAAUACUCAAAAAAAAACUUGUUGCAUGCCAGCUUCUGAAGCUCGUAGAGGGUCAUAAAAUCUUUGUCAUAUUUCAAUCUGGUUUUCGCCAAAAGCAUAGCACUGAGACAGCAUUACUAAGAGCGUAUAAUGACACUUUCAUGCAUGCUGACAAAGGUGAAAGCUCCAUCCUUAUUCUUCCCGAUCCAACUGCUGCCUUUGAAACCAUUGAUCACCAAAGACUGGUUGUCUCUUAAUUUUCUUCACCUAAAUCCUGAUAAAACUGAGAUAAUUUUAUUUUGACCUGAAACCUUUUUUUCACUGCAGUGGAUCAGUUUAUUUGACCAUUACGCACACAUAUCAAACCCACUCUUAGGAAUCUUGGUAUCAUUUUUGACCAGUAUAUGACAUUUGACCAUCAUGUUACAAAACUUCCAGUCCUGUUUCCUGCAGCUACGAAAUAUUACAAAAAAUUACUACUUGUCCUCCAGAGAUCUCUAACUAUUGAUUCACACCUUCAUUUUCUCCCAUCUAGAUUACUGCAGCUGUGGUUCAGAGGCAGAGUGGGUUGUCCACUAAUUGAAAGUUUGUGGGUUCGAUCCCCGGCUCCUCCCGCCACGUUUCAAAGUAUCCUUGAGCACAGUACUGAAUCCUGAAUUGCUCCCGAUGCUGGGCAUCGGUGUGUGAAUGUGUAUGAAUACGUUAGCUUCUGUUUGAUGGGCUUUGCCAUCACUGUGUGAAUGUGCCAUGUAGUGUAAAAGCACUUUGAGUGGUCAGAAGACUAGAAAGGCGCUAUACAAGCACAGGUCCAUUUACUAUUUACCAUUACUGUAAUUCCCUCUACAUGUGUUAGUCCAAAAUGCAGCCACCAGACUUUUAACAGGACCAGCCUUCAGUCCCACAUUACUCAUGUCCUUGCAUCCCUCCAUUGGCUUCCUGUAAAAUUCUGAAUCAACUGUAAGAUCUUAAUGAUUACAUUCACUACUUCAAGAUCUUGCCCCCAGUUACAUUUCAGAUCUCUUUGUUCCUCAUUCCACUCCUCAGCCAAUUCGCUCCUCAAAUCUCUGCCUUUUAUCCAUUCCCCGCUCUAACUGUAAAACUAAAGGUGACCUUUGCAGUUUUAGCCCCAACAUUGGAAUAGGAAUAGUCAGUUAGAUUUGCUGAAUCCAUGAACUGUUUUAAGCGGCUCCUCAAAACCCACCUCUACAGGCAAGCCUUUUAUAGAUCUCCUUCUUAUUUGUUUACUUAUCGCUGUCGUCUCUCUUUUUUAAUUUAUUCUUUUCCUCUUUAUCUUCCAUAUGUUUGUAUCUAUAUGUUCCCUAUGUAUGUAUAUGAUUGGGUAUGGUUAUGUAUGUACACAUUUAUAUGUAUAUAUGCAUAUAUAUAUCAUAUAUGUAUAUUAUUUGUUUGUUUGUGAAGCACUUUGUAACUGUGUGUAAAAAAGUUCUAUAUAAAUAAAGCUUUACUUACUUA